GUAAAAUUAAAAAUCAGCUGAUUGCGAUCAAUAUGCAUUUGGCUCUUGAUUUGAUGUCAAAAUUGUUCGCUUCUUGCAAUCUGUGAUAACGUGGCGAUGAAAAGCCGCUCGAUCAAAGUGAUUCUUAUCAGGUUUUCUCAAAUUUUGUGACAUAGCGAGCCACGUAAAUGAAUUUAAAUGAGGAAGUAUGGUUCGAAAGCGUAGAACCCAGUCCAAUUCGGAAGUAAAAAAGUCCGAAAAAGGGACGAAUAGCGCAAAUAGUAGCAGCAGCAAUGGAAGCUCAGUCAAUGGGAAACCCUCGAAAAGCUUCAAUAUUUUGGGAUACUGGAAGCAAAUUGUUCUGUGCGUCGUUCUGGGUAUAGCAGUGGGAUGUGGGUAUAUGGGAUAUUUAGAAACUAGAAUUAAUACACCAUUUGAUGGAAAAAAGGUUGUACUUAAAAGUGGGCUAGAUGUGCCCGAGAGGUUUUGGGGCAGCUACCGACCUGGAGUUUACUUUGGACUGAAAACAAGGGAUCCUGCAUCGUUGGUCACAGGUUUAAUGUGGUAUUUUCCCAGUAGAUUGAAUCCUGGUGGCCACGGAAUCAGGCAUUGGUGUGAACAAGGAGACAACCUUGCAAAAUAUGGCUGGGUGAAACAUGACGGAAAAAACUUUGGAGAGCAAGAGAUCAUAGAUCGACCUUUCAGUUUGAACACGUCAUUCGUCAAAAGACUUGGAGGAUCAAAUGGCGGGGAAUGGAGUGCUAGAAUAUCUGUGGACUAUAUAAAUAAAAAUGUCGCGAUGGAGAUAAAAGACGAGCCAGUCUCCUUUAUAUGGUAUGUAGCUCUAGAUGAGGAAACCAAAGGUUACAUUGAAGCUAGUUACUCCCAGACCAAAAUAAUUGGAAUAAAAGGAUACACAUCUACUUUGGGAGAUUUCAAGUUGAAAUUUGUAAAUAGUUCAGGUAUCUUGGACCACGAAUCAUUCCUUAGUACAACGGCUCCAGGACUUCAUUUGCUCAAAGAAACUGUCAUAUCAUCCUUGAGGCUCGCUGCGCCUCAAAAGAUUAUCCUUGGCGGUGAAUUGCCGUCGUUUACAGGACACGACAAGUUAGAUCCAAACUUUGUGGCUGUACAGUUAACUGGAAGGAUACCCUUCACAAUGGACGUUGUGUUUGAAUCAGGAAGUUUUUCUUACAGACCGGAUGCCCUAGUCGGAGAAACGUACACAAAAUUGUUGGAGAAAAACCGGGCGCACUUCGAUCAGGCGUUUGAGGAAAAAUUUCACCUCAAAAAUAAAGGGAUUUUGGCAUCAUCGAAAGAAUACGCGUUUGCUCAAGCAGCUUUGAGUAACAUGGUCGGAGGCAUCGGAUACUUCUAUGGUGCUUCUAAAGUACAAAGUACUUACAUAAAAGAGCCAGUGUACUAUUGGAGAGCACCACUUUAUACUGCAGUCCCUUCAAGGAGUUUUUUCCCCAGAGGAUUUCUGUGGGAUGAAGGUUUCCACGGGCUGUUAAUAUCUCAGUGGGAUCUGGACAUUGCUCUGGAUAUAAUGAGUCAUUGGUUUGACCUUCUGAACGUUGAAGGUUGGAUCCCGAGGGAACAGAUUUUGGGAGUGGAGGCUCUGGCAAAGGUUCCAAGUGAAUUUACAAUUCAAAGAAACACCUAUGCGAACCCCCCGACGUUCUUUCUGACUUUGGAGAGCAUUUUGAGAAAAUACGGAGACAAACUCAAUGAAGAUCAGUGGGCUACGUUAGAGAGGAUGUAUCCCCGUUUGCAGGCGUGGUUCGGUUGGUUUAACACGACGCAGCGCGGCCCCUUACCCGGUUCGUAUCGCUGGCGAGGCAGAGAUCCGCACACGACGCGCGAGCUGAACCCCAAAACGCUCACGUCGGGCCUGGACGAUUACCCCAGGGCGUCGCACCCCACCGAAGAGGAGCGCCACGUCGAUCUGUACUGCUGGAUGGCGAUGGCCGCGAAAGCAAUGGCCACUUUGGCCGACGUCCUGGGCCAAGACGGGAGGAAGUACAAACAGACGGCGGCGUAUCUGAUGGACAAUCGCCUGUUGGACAGUCUGCAUUGGUCGGAGUUUUCUAAAAGAUACGCUGAUUAUGGAUUGCACACGGACAGCGUACAACUAGAAAGGCCCCAGCCUCUGCCGAGACAGCAAAACCAAAACAUGGAAAUGCAACGAGUGGUCUUCAAGAAACCAGAGUAUCGCUUAGUAGACGGCAUGACGUUCGGAUACGUCAACCUUUUCCCGUUUCUCUUACAAAUAGUCGAACCGACGUCGCCCAAACUUGAGACCAUCCUUAAAGACAUGUCCAACCCUUCGAUUUUCUCAAAAUUUGGACUUCGUUCUUUAUCGACAACGUCUCCUCUCUACAUGAAACGAAAUACCGAACACGAUCCGCCGUACUGGAGGGGCCAAAUCUGGAUCAACAUGAACUUCCUAGCUGCGAGAGCGUUGAGGCAUUACGCUGAAAUCGACGGCCCUUACAAAAAGCUGGCAGCGGAUUUGUACAGAGAAUUGAGGAAAUCGGUGAUCAGCAACGUUUUUAGCCAGUAUCGGUACACCGGGUACGUUUGGGAGCAGUACAACGAUAGCACCGGCGAUGGAAGCGGGUGCAAGCCUUUUACCGGAUGGAGCGCUUUAGUUGUACUUUUGAUGAGCGAGGAUUAUUGAUCGGAAUUUUGCAAAGCCUGAAUUUCGGUAGUGUUCUUACACCAACCCCUCGCUAUAUCGACAAAUAAUUGAAUGAAGCUCUGCGCAAAUUCUGCACGUCAACAGUCUUGAACGUAUUUUCUUUCUGUCCAAAAAGGACGGAUACAUCAAAGUGUCUGGAAAAAUACAUUUCCUAAAGAAAACGUUUGUAGAAUAAGGUUGUAAAGUUUGAAGAGGGGCAUUCAUCAUUUUAUGGUUAAGUGAUGACCUCUAUUUUUCACACUGGAAAAUUUUCACCGGAAAUGCAAAGGAUAUGACCUUAAAGGUCAUUUUCGGACGUCAAAAAUCUCAAAAUAUACGCUGCCUAGAGGAAAAUGUAGAGCAAAUCUGCAAGGUUUAAAUAAAUGGUCACCUGACGGUGAUCUUGAACGAGAUUUUAACCAUGAUCUUCAAUGUUUUACGAUGAUCGAUUUAGACGUCAAAUUUACUCUUCAGGGAAGCAAAAAUAGGAGUACUUCUCCAGAUCCAAUUGACCUUACAGUACUAUGUUUAGCAUUAAACUAUACAAGAUUGUUACAUCCCCAAGCAGUGAUAACCUCAAAGUCUGAGGAAGUCGCUGCUAGUCUGUUUUUCCAGCUCACCGGUAGAGAACGGCUUGACGCUCUGAGGUCGUUGAUAUGUGAGAGGUACAGUGUCUGUGGGAUAAAAAAGCAUAAGAGAUCAGCGUACCACAGCUGAUCGAAUGCUUUCGACAUGAGCCUCACCAUAAGCCUGGAUGAGUUUAUUGCACAGCUGUGUGACGUAAGCUAGGAGGUACCUCAUGGAUGGCUGAUGCCGGAAACCGUACUGCCUAGGUAGCGUAUUUUUCGAGAUACCUCAAACCUUUUGGAUAUCCUAAAAUGACCUUGAUGGUCACAGUCAAGGACACGUUCUAGGUGGUGCCUAUCUUCAAACGUUACGACUUUGUUCUAUAACAUUUUUCCUCUGUUUUGAUGUAUCCAUCAUUCUUUAUGGAUGAGGCCUUUGGUAAAGAUUUUUAUCGUACAGAUCUGUCAAAUUGACAUGCGUUUAUGUUUUUCGCAGCCCUGUUGUUUUUAAGGAUAUUUUUUCAUGCACUAUUUUGUUGAAUGUAUAUCAGUAGCAUCUUGUGUCCUAAUGAUGCACUGUAGAGGGUGUGCUGAGGAUAUGAAGAAUGCAUCAAGAAUAACGUUACGUAUAUUGUAACCACAAGGUGCAGGCCCCAAUUAAUGUUUUUUAAUUGCAUCAUUGCUAUUGACUUCGUGCAACUUGACAACAAUUUAUAAUAUCUAUAUAAGUUUUAUAUAGAUUAGCGUCUCUCUAGAUAGAUGGCACGACCUGAAGAUGCUUUUUUAUAUUCUUGAAACAGUGUUUGUAGUUUAAAUUUCAUUAAAAUGCCAAUAUCAAAAUCAAUUCAAUUUAAAUAUGAUCUUGUCACACAGUGUUUAAUUCGUAACUAAUUUUGUUUUGCUAUUUUAUGUAGAUUUUCUUAAAGUGGGUAUAUAUCGUUUUUUGUGGGCCUUUUUAUAAUAUCAUAUUAUUUCAGCAUUGUGUAAUGUUUGUAGAGCAUUAAUACAUUCUUUUAACCUGAUGAAAUAGGAUUGUAUUGUUUCUGUAAAUAAAGUUAUUUAGGUAA